AUGCCCGAGAACCGAACCAUGGCCGGCGCUCACGAGUCCGGCUGCGAGGAUUCGGUUCCCAUGUCUCUCUCCUUUCGAGACAUCGCCACCGCCACCGCCGGCCGGGAUCCCUCGGCCCUCCACCGGGCGCUCUCCUCCCCUCCGGACUCCUUCCAGUUCUUCUGUGCCGCCAGCGAGAUGUGCUCUGCCGAGGACGUCUUCCUCGGGUGGAGGCUCCUCCCUCUCAAUCCCCGUUCGCCGUUGCCCGGAACCCUGCCUUUAGAUCACCGGCGGUCUGGGUCCCUCGACCGGCGCCACUACUGGCCCGGAGGACUCGCGGACAAGCACCGGAAGCUGAGAAGGGCUGCGUCGGACCCGCCUACGGAGGCCAUGAAGCCGCAGCCCAGGUGGUAUCUGUUCGUGCUCGGGCCGAUGAGGGUCCCGUCCGCAAUGCAGAUGGAGGACAUCAGGACCCGGCAGAGGCGGCGGAGAACGCCGUCGCCAGAGGAUACCGUCGGGCGCCUGAGCAACGGGAGAAGAGGCCCGUGGAGGCUUCUCCGGUCGCUGAGCUGUAACGGGGCGGAGAGCGCGGCCGUGUUGCCAUCGCCGGUCAGGUUCACCUCGCACUUGCGUGCCUGA